AUGGCCGAUCCAGCACGGCGUCCGCUCAUGCCACAGCCGGCCGUCGCGCCGCCGAAUGCGGCCAAUGGAGCGGCCAAUGGAGCUGUAGAGCCCAACACGUUGGAGUACUACGACAAUCGAACGACGCUGGGCGCAAAUCCACGGCGCUACGAGUUCAACUACAUCCCCGGAGAGGCCGAUGGCGCUAACGCCACUGCUCUAGAGAGAGUUGGAAACGAUUACGGCGUGAUCGACUGGAGAACGCUGAGGAAAUUGAAAGAUGAAAAGAACUGGGCAUUGAUUAAACACCCGAUGGUGUUGAACUACGUAAACGAACGACUCCUGGAAUGCGCCGUCUGGUACACCCUCCAUAUCAUCAUCUACUUCAUCUUCUUGGUGGUGCUAUCGUGGCACGUCUACUGGAAGACGCUCUUCAAAGCGAUUAUUAUCAGCAUCUUCGUGAUUUUUCUCUUUUUCAUAACCACCGUCAAAGCGGUGAGAAAGGCGCAAAUCGAGGAAAGCUGUUCCGGUUGGGCAGUGGCGGGCCUGGUCCUGAAUUACGCGACAUAUAUCACCACCGGGUGCUACGUUUGGCUGCCGGUCGCCUUCGAGUCCAACGACUUUCACAUGGAGAUCAAGAACGUCAUCAUGCGCAUCCUGCCGAUAUUGACGAUCAUCUCGGCCUGGGGCAACUUCCUCUACGUCCUUCGAAAGAGCCCCUACGGCAUCUAUACCUUCAUGAUGGCCCGAAUUUUCUGGUCUUUUGCCAAGGGUAAGAAUACCACAUCAUCGGUUCCGACGCUAAUCAUCGUCGUGCGCGCCAUCGCCAAGACGUUGAGUAUGAUGAUUGGAGAGCUCGAUGCGAAUACCAUCCUCGAAACCAAACAAUGGCUGCCAGCCCUGGUCGUUGUGGUCUUCGAGGUCGUGGCCGUGAUUCUGCUCAUGAACCUGAUGGUGUCGCUAGCCGUUGGAGACGUCAGCGAUCUGAGAGACUCGGCGCUGGAUAUGAUGCUUCAGAUUAAGGUCAGCUACGUCAUCGAGGCUCUCCAGAUCAGCGUGCUUUGUAAAUGCCGCGUCCCAGUGGCCUGGCAUCUUUACAAAAACCCGACCAACGCCGUCUUGGUGAUUGAAGGCGAUGGGGGAUAUUUUACCGUGAAAGAAGCAAAAGCUCCCUACACCAAUCCAGAUGGUCUGUGGACACGUUAUGCGAAAUGGCUGAUCGGCCUGGAUUUGGUCGGAUAUCUCCCGGAAGCUCUUCCAGAAGCCCAGCUACUUCGCGCCAUCCGGCUAUCCCUUCCGCCAACUCCCCUCAAAGCUGACGCAAGCUCUUCUCCA